AUGAAAUUUACUAUUCAUAAAUUAGAUAUUGUUGAUUCAAAACAAGAACCAGAUCAAUUAAAUACAUUUAUUGAUGGUAAUGUAACUAAUGUAAAGAAAUUUGCUCCAGAAUUAAUAAUUACUGAUGAUAACAAUGGAGGACUUAUAGUAUCAAAUUCUAAAAAAACAUCAAUUCACGACGGAAUAGAAGCAACGUCCGAUAUAGUUCCCUUUUUAAGUUUUUUACCACUUAUUAAAGUUGUAUCCGAAAUGUUCAAUGAAAUAAUAGAAAUAUAUCAAGCGGCUGAACAUAAUAAAAAAACUUGUGGGAUAUUGUUGGAUAGAGUCCAAAUAGCUGAUACUGCCGUAAGGUAUUUCAAAAAUCGUAGAGAUGAAAAUGGAGAAUUUUUAUCAGUAGGAAAUCUUUAUAAUUUGCAAAAAUUAGUUCAUGUAAUUGGUAAAAUUCGUAAAUUUGUUGGAGAUAUUACUCAAUUAACAGGUUUAUUCAAGUAUAUUCAAGCCAAAAGCAUUGAACGUGAUGUUAAAAAAUUAAGCAAUGAAUUUGAUUCCACUAUACAAAAAAUACAAUUUUUCCAGGCGUUUGAUUUUAAUAUAUAUGCAAUUAAAACAGCUAAAGAGAAUGAAAUCAUUAAGAAUGAUAUCAAAGAGUUACUUCAGUACCUUGAAGAUAUUGGCAGCGGUAUAACUGACGUGAAUCAAAAUGUUUCGGAAACGGUCAUUCAAAUUAAUGCCCUUAAUACUGCAGUAAAUCAAAUGGCACAAGUCUAUUCAACAGUUCAAUCAGAUGUAUUCCAAUGUGAAUUACUUGAAUAUUAUGAUUUUGAAGAAGAAGGAGAACCUAUAGAAAAUCAAAAUGUUAGAAAAUUUAAGAGAAGAAAAAAUGGAUUAAAUGAUUACGUCGCAUUAAAGUUGGUGGCUGACAAAGACAGCAGUGAUGAAAACAAAGCUAGUCUUAAAAGACAAGUCACAAUUUUAAAAAAAUUGAAAGAAUGUUGUUUUAUUAUUCAAUUACAUGGUUUAACUUCUUUUGAUGAUAGAUUUUAUUUGGUGACGGAAUGGGCUGAAUAUGGAAAUUUACGUGAAUAUUAUCAAAAAUAUGGCCCACUUGAAGUUAACCUAAAAUUAAAAUUUGCUCUUGACAUUGCUAGAGGCUUAAACUUCUUGAGCGCCGUUGAGAUCAUUCAUUGUGAUAUCAGAGCCGAAAAUAUCUUAAUAUCUGAUCAUGAAACUGCUAAAAUUGCAAAUUUUAAAUUAAGUCGAGCAGUAUCAGAUAGCACUCGAAAUCAAAAUGCAGCUCUUGAAGCUAUACGAUAUUGCGCCCCAGAAAAAUUAUCUGGUGGAAAAUAUAAAUAUGAUACCAAGUGUGAAGUUUACAGUUUUGGUAUACUUCUUUGGGAAAUUGCCGAAGAAAAAAUUCCUUAUGAAAAACUUGGUGAAAAUAUUUUAGAUAUACACAUGCAAGUUUAUUUCCACAAAUAUCGUGAAAAAUUAUCUUUCGGUUCUCCUUUACCAAAUGAAUAUCGUGAACUUGCGGUAAAAGCUGUUCAUCAAUAUCAUAAUUUUCGACCUCGAUUUUCAAAGAUUUUUACUAUACUACAAGAUCUUAAAAAGAAUGAUUGUGGACCACCUCCCGUGCCAAAACGUCCAGAUACUUCCGACUCUCUUAAAUUAUCAGAUGAUGAAGUAAAAGGAAUUAUGAAUAUACCAAAUUUUGCAGAUUUUGAUUACAUGACAGUAGAUGAAGCAACGAAACAACACAAACUUCGUGAUGGUAACCGCGAAUCAGCUUAUAAAUGUUUUGAAGCAUAUGCAGAAUUAG